AGCCUAGAGAGGUGCGGUAAAGCAUAUUAAAACCAUGGCACACUAUGGGAGACUAUGGUAAAGGCACAGUAUCGUUAUAGGAAAAGCAAGGGGGAAAGCCGGUAAGAUGACUUUUAUAAGGGAGGCUGCAUGUUCAAAUCAACCCUACUGCCUAACAGGAGCAGUGUAGAGUUAUUAUGUAGAAAGGUAAUCAAUUCAAUGGCAAACAUUUCGACUAGAAGUCUUUCUCGGUGCUUUGGCAGCGUUUCUGGUUGAAUUUCUGUUUAAAGUCUCUCUCAGUACUUCCUAAUUCAGCCCCAUUUGCAUGAGUUACUAAAGUAGGUGCUGCUGCAGCCUGCAGACCGUCCCGAUAAAGCACUCGCAAGAGGGCAGAAAGAGGGAGUUCAGGACUGGGACUCGAGAGUGUCUAAUACUGCCCGCAUCCGCAGAGACACACCUCUGAUCAUCGAAGAACGACGAACUGCAUGCAGAAACUCCUCGUGAGAGUAAGAGAGCAUGUGUAAAGAGAACACCAGCAGCUCUGUUUCACCCCGACGCAAAAUCUAGUGCGCUUCAUUAAAAAAAAUAAUAACGAAUCAGAAAUCAACAAGUGUUUCACAAGGAAUAGGCAGGAAAACGGAAUCAACAAACUACCGCAAACUCCCAAGAGGCAGAGAAUUCAUGUAGCCCAUGACCCCAGAAGAGAUGUGUCUGUGUCACGCUGCAGGGGAAGUGAAAGUCUGAUGAAAGAGGCUGUCUGCCGCUGGGACCUCAGCGCUGGUGUGUGGUCAAACUUACGCUGUCGUUCUCACAGCUAGAGAAGAGGAAGAGGGGCAGGGGGUCUCAACAAACACUUUCUAUCUCAGUGAACACAGAACAGGAGACUGGCUCGCUCCCUGCUGCCCUCCAUCAGGUUUCACAAGAAUGCUUUGGAUAUUUCACCUUGCAAUUUUAACGGUGUGCUGCAGGGCACAGCUCUCUAUACACACCCAGCCCGAGGUCGAUGUGACGGAGGGAUCUACAGCGCUGCUCCCCUGCACCUUCACACUGGGACCAGAAGAGAGGCUGCAGAGCACCAGUGUGGACUGGGAGAACCAAAACAACACGGUGAUUUUCUAUCACUAUCAUCACAACUUGAGCGUGGCGACCCAUGACAGAGUAACCUUCGUGGGGAACAUCUCCCAAAACAACGCCUCCAUUCUCCUGCGGGACGUCCGGCGGACGGAUGAGGGGGAUUACCUGUGCCUGGUCCGAGUUGGAAUGAAUAUGGUGAAGAAUCGCUCAGAGCUCAGAGUCAGAGCACUAAGAGCUCGUGGCAGUCUGCUGGAGGUCCCUCUCAACCCUUCUCCUCCUCCUCUCGCCCCCCCUCCUCUCUGGCCCGCGGUGGCGGGGGGGCUGGCUGCAGGGCUGGUUUUGGUGAUGGUGGUGUUGGUGCUCAUCCUGCGGAGGCAGCAGCAGGACACGACUCUCCGAGAGGACCAGCGGAGCUCUGCUGUGGUGGCGUGUCAGGACCCCGAAUCCCCAAGAAGAGACAAGGACACUGACUGCUACGUUACCCUCCCACGGAACCUCCUGCCCAAAGACCCCCCCCCUCUCUCCUGCAGCACCUCUGAAGGCAUCUACGUCACCAUGUAUGUGAAUGGAUCACGCUCUGAGAGAGGCAGGAAGGGGAUCCCUGAGGAGUGGUGCGCAGUGGAAACACAUCCCUGAGAAAGUGUACCGCGGCCUCCCAGUUCCACAGACACAGCUCCCCUAGCCCAGCCACUCUGGGGGGAAGUGUAGGGAGAGACACUCACCAAACCUACCACAGCUCUGUUAAACCAGCAAAGAAACGCCAGAGCUGCAGGAACACCAUGGACAGCUCUGAGGAGUUUGCAUGUAAAACACUGUAAAUAUCUCCCUGAGUAUAUAUAUUUCAACAUAAAUAUAGUA